CGCAGAGUGUGCGUGCUUCUUGCUGCUCCUGCUCUUCCCCGUGAUCCCGGCCCUCAGUUCAUGGCCCUAGGACUAGGAGAGCCAGUCAAAGGUCUUUAUAUAUGCAAAUAAGACCUGUAGGUUCUUCACUACUCCACCACCACCACCGCUUCUAUUGCUAGCUAGCAAGCUUCCUCAUCAUGGCGACCAAACAAAGCAACGGCAAUGGCGCCUUCGCUGCGGCGAACGGCAACGGCAAGAGCAACGGUGCUGCGCAUCACGCGAUGAACGGCAAAAGCAACGGCGCUGCUGCGCCGGAGCCGGAGGCGGUGGAUUGGAAGUUCGCGAGGGCCAAGGAGGGCGUGCUGGCCAUCUCGGGGGCCAAGAUGAGCAUCCGGGCGGUGCGGUACAAGAUCAGCGCCAGCGUGCGGGAGGACGGCCCGCGGCCCGUGCUGCCCCUGGCGCACGGCGACCCCUCCGUGUUCCCGGCCUUCCGGACGGCCAUCGAGGCCGAGGACGCCGUCGCCGCCGCACUGCGCACGGGGGAGCUCAACUGCUACCCCGCCGGCGUCGGCCUCCCCGCCGCACGACGUGCUGUGGCAGAGCACUUGUCGCAGAGUCUUCCUUACAAGCUAUCCCAGGAUGAUAUCUUCCUCACCGCUGGAGGAACUCAAGCCAUCGAGGCCAUAAUCCCAGUUCUGGCUCAACCUGGCACCAACAUACUGCUUCCGAAGCCAGGCUAUCCAAACUACGAGGCACGUGCAGCAUUCAACAACCUAGAAGUUCGACAUUUCAAUCUGCUCCCUGAGAAGGGUUGGGAGAUUGAUGUCGAUUCGCUGGAAUCUAUUGCUGACAAGAACACCACAGCAAUGGUCAUCAUAAACCCGAAUAAUCCAUGUGGCAGUGUUUAUUCCUUCGAGCAUUUAACCAAGGUCGCAGAGGUAGCAAGGAAGCUUGGAAUACUAGUCAUUGCCGAUGAGGUGUAUGGCAAAUUGGUUCUGGGUAGCGCUCCAUUUAUCCCAAUGGGUGUAUUUGGCCACAUUGCCCCUGUAUUGACCAUAGGAUCUCUAUCAAAGUCGUGGAUAGUGCCUGGAUGGCGACUUGGUUGGAUAGCGGUAUGCGACCCCAAAAAGGUUUUACAAGAAACUAAGAUCGCUACAUCAAUUACAAACUUCCUUAAUGUCUCAACGGACCCGGCGACAUUCAUUCAGGGAGCUCUUCCACAAAUUCUGGAGAACACGAAGGAAGAAUUCUUUCAGGGGAUUAUUGCUCUACUAACAGAAUCUUCAGAGAUAUGCCAUAGAGAAAUAAAAGAAAACAAAUUCAUCACUUGUCCUCACAAGCCAGAAGGAUCUAUGUUUGUGAUGGUGAAACUGAUGCUACAGCUUUUGGAGGAUAUCGAUGAUGACAUUGAUUUUUGCUGCAAGCUGGCAAAAGAAGAAUCUGUAAUUCUAUGCCCAGGGAGUGUUCUGGGAAUGGAAAAUUGGGUCCGCAUAACUUUUGCUAUUGUUCCGUCUUCUCUUCUUGAUGGUCUUCAAAGGAUCAAAUCCUUCUGUCAAAGGCACAAGAAUAAGAAUUUGAUUAAUGAAGUUAACUGUAAACUCGAUUGAAGCUUUACUUGUUCCAAGUCAUCUUCGUAUGGGUGUGUUUAAUAAGAGUGGAACUUUGAAUUCUGUAUGAAUAAAAAGUGAAUAAAUACACAUAUCAAUAGACUCCUUGAAUAUUAUAUGAUA